UUUAAAUAACCUGCGCAGUUUACAAUGGCGACUUACAUAAAUUGAGUAACGCGAGCAUUUUUUACCCUCUUCAUUUUUAAAAUUAAUCAGUCUGACAAAAACGUUUACCAGUUUUCUGUUUAUAUUGCAUCGGUAAUUAUGCUUCCUACAUCAAGACUCUGCUUGCGUCUGGCGGGCGGUGCAUUUUCGAGGAGUUCAGCUAAUUGCGAAAAGUGUUACCUAUGCCGUCACCUGAGCUGCAUUGGCAAUGGACAUCACCUCUGCAACAGUGAGUCACAGAGACUCAUGCAACUCCCAACCACCAGAAGUACUCAGGGAGUGGUCCUCACUCGGCGACCCUUUGCUUCACAAGGGGCAGAAAGUGCUAAUAAAGGAGGUGACAGAAAAUCGCCUGUUACCUGGAAGACAGUCUUGGUGACGUUCGUGCUGGGCGGCUCCUUGCUGGUCGGGUUCAAGAUCGCCCAGCGCAAGAAGAGACUUGAAAUCGAAAAGGAGAGGAGUAAGGCCCUGGGCAAAGCUGCCAUCGGAGGCCCGUUUUCAUUGGUCGACCACAAUGGCAAGCCCAAAACAAACAAAGAUUACCUGGGCCAAUGGCUGCUGCUGUACUUUGGGUUCACACACUGUCCAGACAUCUGCCCGGACGAGCUGGAAAAGAUGGUGUCAGCAGUGGAGAAAAUAAAUAACAGUCCCAACCUCCCAAACAUCACGCCACUUUUUAUCUCCAUCGAUCCCGAGAGAGACACGGUUGAAGUCAUGGGGGCUUACGUCAAAGAAUUCUAUCCAGGUUUGAUUGGCCUGACGGGAACAAAGGAACAGGUGGAAGAAAUAGCCAGAAACUUCCGCAUUUAUUUCAGCCAAGGACCCAAGGAUGAGGAUAAUGAUUACAUUGUCGACCACUCAAUUAUCAUGUACCUGCUGAAUCCCGAUGGUCAGUUUGUGGAUUACUUUGGCCAAAACAAGACGGACGAGCAAGUGGCCGGCGGGAUCGCUCACCACAUGAGGAAAUACCAGCAACUACAGGGAUGAACUGCCCUGCUCCGUCAAUGCACACUGGGCUCCAAGCGAGUGUGCAACAGUCAUUGUUAGGAAGAUGCAAUUCUAAAAAUGCAUGUUUAGAGAUGCCCUGAUUUCCUUUCCAAUAUUGAAUAGUUUGAACGUGUGUUUUAAAUAAUAGACAUGUAUGGCUGCACUUCUGAUGGGAAUUUUUGUUUUCUUAAGGAAGUGAACGUCAAGAAAUUGUUCAGGGGUUUUGUUACAACAUUCCAAGAAAUAUUUUUUUGAUAUCCACAAAUCGAAUGAUGGUAUAACUUCUUGCUUUUGUUUACAAGGCAAGGGUAAUAUUUAUUGACAACACAUGCACUUGGAAAUAAUAAGUACUACAUUAUAUCUGUUGUGCCCAAAUAAAGUAUCAACCCUAAAAGGAACAAUCAAAUUAAAGGAUUCACAAAUAAAAAAGAUUGAACUGUUAGUUCUUUUCAGGCAA